AAAUGCUAUUAAAUGCUCUUUAUAGUGCUCUGACACAUCCAGUACAGUCAAGCUGGUGUGGCUCUUGCUGAUAAUGGCCUGAGUACACUGUACUUUGACCGUGUCACAGCAGGUUGUUUUAUGUUUCUCUCAGCGAGGAUCAGACUUGAUUGUCUUUGCUUUUACACCGGCUGCUAAAGUUUGUCGCUUUGGAUUUUCUUCCACGUCUGGAUAAACUCUUUGGAUAAGUUAUCAUGUCAACACCUGUACAGGUGGAGCCCAUCAUGGAGAAGAGGUACGGAGGAGUUGGCCGCUGCAAGUGCUCAUUUUGGUUCGCAGUGGCCCACGACAUACUCGGUGUCUUGAUUAUAAUGAUUGGGGUGUUUGGAGGACUGGUUAUCCACGAUCUGUUUGUCUACGGCGGGGCCAUUAUCCUCUUCCUCAGCCUGAUCUGGUGGGUGUUCUGGUACACGGGGAACAUCGACGUGCCGCCGGAGGAGCUGGAGGACAACGUGGGCUUGACGAAGCAGAAGAACCGUGGACUGAGCCGGGUGGUGAGGCGCUUGUCUGAUCGCCUCGCCAGCGGGAUCAGGAACUCCUUCAGAAAGAGCGGCAGGCUGGUUAGACAGGGCCCCCCGGGCGACAACGGAGUUGUAAACGCCGGUGCAGAUGUGUCGCUCUCUACAAUCUACGACGGCACCCUGGCUUCUACUUCAAACGAAUUUGUGAGAGAGACACUGUCAGUGUGAGCUGCUCCACGGCAGAACACAGAGACACUGGACUGCGAUCAUUAUAUUUGCCUUUUGUUGAAAAGGAUUUUGUGUUUGCUCUACCAACAUGCACAAGUAAUGAUUAGGUAACAAUGAAGUGCUGCCCUGACAAGAGCCACAUGAUUGUACCUUGCUGAUAAGAUGCAAACUUUGCACACUAUAACAGUGUUUUUACAUGACACCGAUUAAGAGACAACAGCCUCCUCACUUAUCACUAUUUCUGAUAUUAUUCGCGUCACAGAUUUUGACUGUAAAUAGAAAAUGAAAAGGUAUAUUGAUAAAUGUGUUACGGACAGCCUUUUAUUGUAAAAGAACGGCAGUAGAAGUGUGCUAAACACGAUCAGAGGAAUGAUAUGUGGUUUUUAUGGUUUUUGUAACAAGUUAAAUUUAUAACAUUUACUCAAAUUAAUAUUUUAUGUUAAAAAAGCUUCAAUAUCGUCUCGCAAAAUAAACACAUUGUAGUUUUGAUAACACAGGAAAGUUCCAUGCUUGUUUAUGCGUCAUGAAAGUGAUAAGUCAAGCUAAGUUUAGAUCAUUCAACUAUUUGCUACCAGCUGUCUGGUUUCAGGUCCCCCUGUGUGCUUAUAUGUGUUGCAACAAUCAAUGGCCCUACAUGGUAAAUAAAAUCUAUCACAGAUUGGCUUCAAACUAAGAACUUAGACCUUUUAUAGAGGCACAGACAAUAAAUCAAUAAACCAUGUGACGGGAUGACCCCAAGAAAGCGAUUCAGCCCAGAGUGUGGUUCAACUGAAGCCUUGCAGUUAUGAAGGUACACAAAUUCUUUAACAUUGUGCAGGUCUGACCUUCUGUCAAAGAAGGUUUUGUUACAAAUAUAAGACGACUUAUUAUGACUUUCCACAUUUUUUUUUCCGUAUGUUACAGUUACAGUAGUACAGACGUGGACAAAAUUGUUGGUACCCUUCGGUCAAUGAAAGAAAAACUCACAAUGGUCACAGAAAUAACUUUAAUCUGACAAAAGUAAUAAUAAAUAAAAAUUCUAUAAAUCUUAACCAAUGAAAGUCAGACAUUGCUUUUUCCAACCAUGCUUCAACUGAAUUAUUUAAAAAAUAAAUGCAUGAAACAGGCCUGGACAAAAAUGAUGUUACCCACAACUUUUAUAUAUUUUGUUGCACAACCUUUUGAGGCAAUCGCUGCAACCAAACGAAUCCUGUAACUGUCAGUGAGACUUCUGCACCUCUCAGCAGAUAUUUUGGCCCACUCCUCAUGAGCAAACUGCUCCAGUUGUUUAGGUUUGAAGGGCACCUUUUCAGACUGCAUGUUUCAGCUCCUUCCAAAGAUGCUCAAUAGGAUUGAGGUCAGGGAUCAUAGAAGGCCACUUUAAAAUAGUCCAAUGUUUUCCUCUUAGCCAUUCUUGGGUGUUUUUAGCUGCGCGUUUUGGGUCAUUGUCCUGUUGUAAGACCCAUGACCUGCGACUGAGACCAAGCUUUCUGUCACUGGCCAGCAAAUUUCUCUCCAGAAUCCCUUGAUAAUCUUGAGAUUUCAUUGUACCCCGCACAGAUUCAAGACACCCUGUGCCAGAUGCUGCAAAGCAGCCCCAGAAUAUAACCGAGCCUCCUCCAUGUUUCACAUUUGGGACAGUGUUCUUUUCUUGAUAUGCUUCAUUUUUCCGUCAGUGAAUAUAGAGCUGAUGUGCCUUGGCAAAAAGUUCAAUUUUUGUCUCAUCUGUCCACAGGACAUUGUCCCAGAAGCUCUGUGGCUUGUCAACUGUAGUUUGGCAUAUUCCAGUCUGGCUUUUUUAUGAUUUGUUUUCAACAAUGGUGUCCUCCUCGGUCGUCUCCCAUGUAGCCUACUUUGGCUCAAACAACAACAGAUGGUGCGAACUAACACUGAUGUUCGUUGAGCAUGAAGUUCAGCUUUGAUCUCUUUAGAAGUCUUUCUGGGCUCUUUUGUUACCAUUCGGAUUAUCCGUCUCUUUGAUCUGUCAUCAAUUUUCCUCCUGCAGAUCUUAAAUUUCUGAAUGACACGUGCAACUGUAGUCACAGGAACAUCUAGCUGCUUGGAGAUAGCCUUAUAGCCUUUACCUUUAACAUGCUUGUCUAUGAUUUUCUUUCUAAUCACCUGAGACAACUCUUUCCUUUGCUUCCUCUGGUCCAUGUUAAGUGUGGUACACACCAUGUCACCAAACAACACAGUGACUAUCUGGAGUCCUAUAUAUAGGCCCACUGACUGAUUACAAGAUUGUAGACACCUGUGAUGCUGAUUACUGGACACAUUAUUUUCAUUCUUUUCUAGGGGUACCAUCAUUUGUGUCCAGGCCUGUUUCAUGCAUUUAUUUUUUAAACAAUUCAGUUGAAGCAUGGUUGAAAAGCAAUGUCUGACUUUUACUGGUUAAGAUUUAUAGAAUUUUUAGUUAUUAUUACUUUAGUCA